CGCCCAGGGUAUAAGAGACGCCUCCUGGCGGGAGCUGGCGGUUGCCAGCCUCAGCGAGAGCCGAGGGUAUCAGGGAGGAGGACGGCAGGCGGGCCUGUCUUUUUUCAGGUGGCCGAGGCUUGCGGGCUCUGCGCAGAAGGGACGGCGGGAGGCGCGGCCUGGUCUCGCUCUUACAGCCGCUGCGGCGCGCUCCGGGCUCGGCCGACCCGCCGGGAAACGAAGGGCAGGCGGCCUCUCGGCGCACGCUUCCUGGGAGUUACUGAUUAUCUUCUUUGAGGAAUCAUGAAGUCACCCUGUGUCAUCACGCUUACCCUGGCGGGGCUGAUGUUCCUGAUGUGGCUCCCGGUGUCACUGAGCUGCAACAAAGCACUCUGUGCCAGCGACGUGAGCAAGUGCCUCAUCCAGGAGCUCUGCCAGUGCCGGCCUGGUGAAGGGAAUUGUUCCUGCUGUAAGGAGUGUAUGCUGUGUCUCGGGGCCCUCUGGGACGAGUGCUGUGACUGCGUUGGUAUGUGCAAUCCCCGGAAUUACAGCGACACGCCGCCGACGUCCAAGAGCACGGUGGAGGAGCUCCACGAGCCCAUCCCUUCUCUCUUCCGGGCGCUCACGGAAGGAGACACUCAGUUGAACUGGAACAUCGUCUCCUUCCCUGUUGCAGAAGAGCUUUCCCAUCAUGAGAAUCUGGUUUCGUUUUUAGAAACUGUGAACCAGCCACACCACCAAAACGUGUCUGUCCCCAGCAAUAACGUUCACGCGCCGUAUUCCAGUGACAAAGAACACAUGUGUACUGUGGUUUACUUUGAUGACUGCAUGUCCAUACAUCAGUGUAAAAUAUCCUGUGAGUCCAUGGGGGCAUCCAAGUAUCGCUGGUUUCACAAUGCCUGCUGCGAGUGUAUCGGUCCGGAGUGCAUUGACUAUGGGAGUAAAACUGUCAAAUGUAUGAACUGCAUGUUUUAAAGAAGGCAAAGAAAUACAACUCAAAGCCAUUUAGACAAAAUAAAGGUAUGGAAAGUUAAUCUGUUGGUUGCACCAGAACUCCAGCAAGUUAAGAAGACGUACAGAACUUGGAAUGAGUUCCUUUCAAGGAUGACAAGCAGUAAUGUGUUAAAUUCCCUAAUUCUGCCUGCUCUUAGUGACUGCAUUGCCCAGUGGCAGUAUGCCCUUGCCUUUGAAUACGUGUCCAGCUCUGAUCCUAGAAGCAGGUGCAUGGAGAAUGCCUUCACAGAUCUGAGGUUGUCAACAUAUGCGACGCCGUGUUCUAGCUCUACGGAAACUUUUUGUCUUGGAAGUGCUAGUGGAAGCCUGUUAAUGUGAGCUAUGAUCUAUGUGCUGCCCUGGGACACUUGUUACUUGUUUGCCUUCUUCACUGUGCCUUAUGUUGUUUAUGUGUUUGAUAAGUAGAUAUUCAAAUAUAUCACUCUGAGAACUUGCAGAAACUCAUUGUAAAAGCUUAAUUUCAGUCUUUCCGCCCACCCCGCAGCUUUCCUCCCUUGGCCUGCUUUCUGGCUUGGUUAUCUGCCUCUCCCUGAGGCUUUGAAUCAAAUGUGUCUGGCAACCCCUGAUACUAGCAUAACCACAACUGGAGCUACUCGGCUGUCUCCAGACCUGGAGCGGGGCGCUGGGAUGCGUGGGUGUUUGGGGCUGGUCUGGGACUGGAAGCGCGUGGGCUGUCCAGUGGCCCUGUUGAGGGUUUUCAGGAAACAUGAAGCCAUGGUGGGAGUUGGAGUCUGAGGAUUGUAGGGGCCAUCUCCAGGUAACCAUGGAGAGGAAAGGGGAAGAUGCCACCAUCCUUCUCCUCCCCUCCCCCUCAGUACCAGGCAACAUUACUGUUUCCCAACCCCAGUGUCUGCCGAACCUUCCCAGGAGGUGAAGUGUUGGUCAGGUCCCCUACGAGAACCUUUCCGACAGGACCUAGAAGCUAAAGCAGUACAGAAUGACAGCCAGCGUGUGGUGGCCUGGAGCAGCUUGGUGCGCAUGGAGCAGACCGCCCGCCCGUAUCUUUGAGGGCCAGCUGCGUCUUUGGGAUCAGUGGUUUUGAGACUGGCUAAGCAGAAGUGCAGAGAAUGUGUCCGGUAGCUGGAGAGCAGUGAGCCAGGCUUCCUGGCAAAGUUCUACCAAGCAGUGGCUGCUGCUGCUCGUGAGGACUGAUGGGCAUUCAGGUCUGAGGAGAUCAACACAGUGGGUGGAGCCGAGGCCGUGACUACAGUGAGAGUUCAAGUGCAUCACUUCGAGGUCUGGAGACGGUAACCCAACGAGCUGACUGGAGCUUGCUGACCAGCGCAGGCCUGGUUAUUACAACAUGAACAGCAUGGCAGCUGUGUCCAUCUAAGCAAAUCCAGAUCACAUCUGUUGUGGUUUGCUUCUUUCUAAGACAUGUCAAAGCCUCAAGAAUUCGGUGGCUUCUUUUGCAACUGUAACCAAAAGGAGCCUACAUGUUAAAACUCAAAGCCUCCUGUAGCCCAUAGGAAAUACAAAGUUAAGCCUGCCUUCCCUGAAAUAGGAGAGGAUAAUCACUCAAGUAUUUUUAUGAUCUAGCUGGAUUCAGAUGGCUUGUUUUACCUCCCUUCCCAGACUCUAGGAUAAUUAUGAGACAUCUAAUCACUAGCUUUCUCAGUGAAGAUUUAAUAAAAUCAUGGAAAAAUCAAGGAGAGAGGGGGACGAUUACGUCCUCCUCCACACUGUGUAUCCGAAUCAAAAUAGGAAUGCCCUUUCUCUAAAGCCUGUGUGACUUCCUUGGAACUCAUUGCAAGUAUUCCUAGUCUGUAGGUUUGCUCUCCAACAACGUGAAGAUAAGUGACACUUUCUAUAGGGUAAACAGUUGAUUUUUCGUACCAAAAUAAAUAGUGGGUCAUCAUAGCCAAACAACAAAACAAAACAAACAAAUUGUAUAUGGUAGACUCCAUCCUAAUAAUACACACACUGACAAAGCUGGAGGGAAAGGUCCUCAUUCGCGUCCAUUCCUUCGGCCCAUAAUGCUGACGUGGACGUUGAAGAAUUGUCUUCACCAAGAAUUGCAGGGUACACCUGUGAAGUUGCAUAAAAUCCCCUGCUCAGGUAAAUCACUGGCAAGUAGAAGCAUCUCUGUGACUAAACGUAGCAGCUUAAGGGAUACUGGGGAUGGAGACUGCUAAUCAGACUGCUCAGAGCACCAGAGAAACAGCUGGUCUCCCUGUACGGUGGCCGGGCUGGAGGCGAGAAUGCGCCGGCUCAGCCUCAGGAAGAGUCCUGUUCUCUCACAGGUGAGUGAUCAGAGGGGCGCUGAAGAAGAGGAUUCUGGGAAUUAUAAUGGGAAACGAACAAAAUCUAUUUAUGCUCACUGGUUUUGUCAUUUUGUAAUCAUGCAUUUGUUAAAUUUAUAUCCAGAUCUGAUAAUUGCAUUGUGGGAAGUUAAGAAUCUUAUGAAUAUUUAAAAUCCCUUCUCAAGGUGAUGUUCACUCCAGAUACACUAUGCAUAGUCAGCAUCUUAGAUAAUAUUUCAGGAAGGACAAGCUUAAACACUAUGCCCUUCACAGUCACAAACCUCCACCCUCAAGCGUCAGUCCAAAUGUAAGUAUUUAUAUUACAGACUACAGAUCACUAAUUUCUCUAGUGCAUAUUUGAAUUGCAGGUCACCUUUUAGGAAUACCUCUUAGUAUGUCUAGAUAUUUUAGAAUAUAAAAAUAGGUAAUGCUGUCAGAUACAGUUUGUAUUACUCAUUUACUUGAACAGUAGCUAUAAAAUCAUUUGUAAUAUUAUGAUUAUAUAUUUUAAAUUUUAAAGCCCUGCCCCUUCUCUGUUCUUUUGGGUAACUCUAGCGAAUGAUCAAGGUACAUCAGUCUUUCAAAAAGGUGUCCUUUUUGGCAGAAAGCACUGAGGUCUCCUUUCCCUGGAAUGCCUCUGUUCAGAAGUGCCUUAAACAUUUUACCCCCUCUUUGUGAACGCCUGUAAAGCUGAGAGGGCUCUCGUACUCGAGAGAAUUUUUUCUAGAAAUUUGCAGCCAGCUGCUUCAUUUCAGCUUCACUGUUUUUUCAAAGAAAUUUCAGUUCAUUUGUCUUUGUUGUCAGCCUGCUUGCUGUUUUCUUAAUGGUGACAACAAACAUUUUAAAACUUCAUGGUCAUCUUUUUCAGGUCUUCAGUAUUAAGUUUUUGUAUGUAAUAGCUCUUUUCUUCCUCCUACUUUUCUUAACAGACAGUGCCCUUAACUGAUUUUUCUUACCUUGAUCUCUCCUAAUAGAAAUUGUCCCUAAAUUGAAUAAUCUUUUUUAUUCAAAUUUUGAUUAUUUUUUCUGAUUUCUGAAACAGCUAAGAGUUUGCAUAAAACAUUGCAUUUCCAGUUCUAUCACAUAUUUCAGGUUUGGAAUCCCAGAGCUUUUUCAAAUUGAAAUUAUAACAUUUGAGAAGCCAAAAUAGCUUCCCUAAAAUGUAUACCCUCUGUUACCCCUCUAAAUCCAUUCACUUCUAUAUCGAUGCUUUGGUAAAAAUUCUUUUUCUUUUUUAUUCAGUAAUUAGGUUUUUCACUUUUUUUUAGCCAGAUCAGAAAAACACUAGGUUUUAAAUCAGUGGCUAUUAUGAAGGCCUAUAUAAAAGCUCUUUUCUGUAUAUAAAAGCCAUGUGCUUGGUAGCAGGUUUUUCUGUUGUUUUUCCCCAAAACUUUUUAACUAGUACUACGUUCAUAAUAGUUAUACCAAGUAAAAUUAUAUACAGACUAGAUUUCAUUUAAUUAUCACUUAGGAUACCAUAAAAGACAGCUUUUCAUUUAGAACACAGUUUCAGAAAACAAAACUGGUAAGAUGAUAGAACAUUUGAACAAUUAUUCACCAAAGUAGCAUCAACAAGGAGAAAAGAAACUAAAUAUAUUUGGGAAAAUUAUGUAAAUACAAAUAAGUCAUUUUAAAAUAUUGUUUUUAUGAAACCUCCUUGAUGAAUUUUAAAAUCUAUUCUGCAUUCCCCAGGGUCUAUGUUUAUUAUAUUUUACAUGAUCUACAACAUAUAAAUUGUGUUUUUUCUUUGGUUGUCCUUAUGAACCAAAAAGUAUUUUAAUAAAAAAUUGAAACGGG